AUGAGUGACACCGGUAGCGACACAGAAGCGACCGAGCACACUGCACUCAUGGAUGGCCACAUAGCUGAAGCCCGACCCGAUAGGGAGAUCGCUGAACGGAUUGCUAGGAAACGAAAGACAAAAUCCGAAACACAGCGUAGCUAUGGUAGCGUCGAAGCUUCGCAAAGUUCAAGAUCAGGUGCAGUGGGCGGUUCAGGUCAAAACCCCCGCGAAGCAACAGUGGAACCUCAGAUUGAGGAGCUGGAGUUGAAGUAUGGAGCAAGACAUGUCAUCAAAUUGUUUGUUCCUGUUACCUUAUGUAUGAUAGUCGUUGUUGCCACUAUAUCGUCCAUCAGCUUCUAUUCAGUCAAAGAUGUGUAUUUGGCCUAUACACCGUUCCACGAAGAGAGUCCACAUGCUGUUACUAAAGUAUGGAAUGCUCUUGCCAACUCUAUGAUCUUGUUGAGUGUGAUAGCUCUGAUGACAGUGUUGCUCAUUGUUCUGUACAAGAAGAGAUGUUACAAAGUCAUCCACGGCUGGCUCAUUCUAUCAUCUCUGAUGCUACUCUUCUUAUUCUCAUACUUGUAUAUAGAAGAAGCAUUAAGGGCGUAUAAUAUACCUAUGGAUUAUAUAACAUUAGCAUUUGUAAUGUGGAACUUUGGUGUGAUGGGGAUGAUAGUAAUACAUUGGAAAGGUCCAUUGCGUCUCCAACAGGCAUAUUUAAUAUUCAUAGCAGCUUUGAUGGCUUUGGUAUUCAUUAAAUAUAUGCCAGAAUGGACAACAUGGGCUGUGCUUGCUGUCAUUUCUAUUUGGGAUUUGAUAGCAGUGUUAACACCAAAAGGACCACUAAGAAUAUUAGUGGAGACAGCUCAAGAGAGGAAUGAGUCUAUAUUCCCUGCUUUAAUAUAUUCGUCGACGGUGAUGUACUGCCUGGCGGCGACGGGCACUGAAGGUGAGAGGCCGCGCGAGCUGCGCCCGCUCAACCCGCGUGACCACGGAUCGCGGGAAGGCGGGUCGAGUGGGAGUGCGGAGGGUGGUGGGAGCGGCGAGGGAGGCAGAGGGGCUGGUGGAGAGGGCGAAGGGGGUUUCGAUGAGGCAUGGAGAGCGCGUGCGGCGGGGGCGGGGGCAACAGGAAGAGUGGGGGGAGCGGCCCCACGGCGCCUGCGUGUGGAUGGAACCGCGCCUGCGCAGUAUGUUACACGUGUCGAACGCGCGCCUCAACACCAAGACAACGAGGAGAAGGGUGUUAAGCUAGGAUUGGGAGAUUUCAUUUUUUACAGUGUACUAGUAGGUAAAGCUAGUUCAUAUGGAGACUGGAACACCACACUUGCCUGUUUUGUAGCCAUACUUAUUGGCCUCUGUUUAACUCUGCUGCUGUUAGCGAUAUUCAAGAAAGCACUGCCUGCUCUUCCCAUAUCAAUAACCUUUGGUCUUAUUUUCUACUUCGCUACGCGUUGCGUCGUUAAACCGUUCGCGGACGCACUGGCGGCUGACCAAGUCUUUAUUUAAUAGCUGAUACACUACGUUAAUUUUUUUAAAUAUAAAAAUGUUGCCACAGUAAAAAAACUACUCAGUAUUCUGUAAUUUGUUGUCUUUAUGGAUGGAGGUUUGUCAUAAAAUUUAAAAGUAUACUGGUUAUAAAUGUAUAUAAUUUAUAAAAAAAGGUAAUAUUAAAA